CCACGAGUUCGACAGCAACUCACUGCACGUCUACCAGCAGCAUGAUCAACUGAGCAUCUAACUAUAUCAUACUAGCUAUUUGAAGUAUCCGCAACCAUGCUGAGGGGGUCCUGUCGCAGCUUGCAUGCGCGCCGGCAAUGCCAUAGCGCCGCGCGCGACGGGCAAGUGGCAUUGCGCAUCCAUGUGGCGGUGACGGCCAUAGACUCCGGUCGUGGUGGCAGCAGCCGGGGCCGGGGUGGAAGCCUGAGCAGCCGGGGCCCGUCGAGCUGGGGCCCUAGCGGUGGCGACUCAGGGCAAGGCUCCGAGUCUUCGUUCCGGGAGGGGCCUAGCGGCCGCCGCGACGGUGCCAUGGGCGCCCGCGGCGGCCGGAGCAGCUUCAGGGGUGGACGUGGUGGCCGGGGCCGCGGAGGCGGAGGCCGGGGCAGGGGGCUACGCGGCGGCAGCGGCAGCCGGCGGUGGGCUGACGAGGACAGCGACAGUGAGGAGGACAGCGAUGAUGAUGACGACUAUGAUGACGGCAUUGACGAGGGCUUUACAGUCAUUGGCAAGGUGGACUCAGCCACGUUAGCUGCACGCCAGGCGCUGGUGCAAUCAGGAGCCGCUGCCGCCGGCGCCGUGCCGGGAAGCAGCGACAGCGCCGAAAAGUCGGCCGGCGCAGCUACUGGCCGCGGCGGCGCGGCGGCGGACUCGCUGGAUGGCUCCCGAUUCUGGGCCGAGGUCAGCGGCAUUGACGACAUUGAUGAGGAGGACGACGAGGAUGAGGAUGAGGACGGCGAGGAUGCGGGGCCGGAAGGCGCUGGCGAUGAUGACGAUGAUGACCAGCCACAGACUCCAGAGCAGCUUCUGGAGAACAUGCGCGGCCUGGGCUUCACGCUGCAGCCCACAGAGGCCGAGCAGGCGGCCGCAGCCGCCGCGGCGGUAGCCGCGGCCAGCGCCGCCUCCGCAGCUGCCGCUGACGCCUCGCCCACCGGCGACGCAGGCGGUGGCUCCAGCGCGGUCAAGACGGGCGCGGACGCAGUGCUCCGCGACCUCCGCGACACCUACAUCGCCACCAUGAAGGCACCCAUCCUGCCGCCCUGGUUCCUGGGGCCCGUGGAAGCGGCGGCCGUAGCGCCCCGCACGCCCCGUAGCCCCAAAUCCAAGGGCGGCAGUGGCAGCGCCCCGAGCGCCAGCACCAGCGCCAGUGCCGGUGCAGGUGCCUCGGAGGCUCCUGCGCCGAGCGGCCGCGGCGUCACGUUGCGCACCACGCGCGCCGUGGCGCCCGGAGAGCUGCUGGCGGUGUCUUUGCCGCUGGCGGUGUGCUACUGCGAUCGAGGCACCACACCUGAGAAUGAGGAGCUGGCGGACCUAAUGCUGGGCACGCCGGGGGCGGCGGCGGCGGCGGGCCGCAUCACGGCCGUGGUGGCGGAUGCGGAGGACAACGUGUUUGAGGGGCUGACGGACCUGCAGCAGAGCCUGCUAGGCAUGCUGUGGCGCGGCCACGGCGCCGCCGCCAGCAGUGACGACGGAAGUAGUGCUGGGAGCACGGGCGAGGCCGCAGCAGCGCCUGAGGCACAGGGCGCACAAGGCAAGGCCUCGAGCACUGGCGGCGGCGGUGGCAGUGGUCCUGUGAAGCGGGCUUUCUUGGAAAUGGUGGCCAAGUCGGCGGCGGACGGCGGGGCGGCGCGCUCGCUGCCGUUGGUGUCUGGUCCGGAGGAGCUGUACCGCCUGGUCAACCUCAACUGCAUGGGCGAGGACUUCCAGGACCUAGCCCUGUGCGAGCUGCGCGGAGAGGCGCCCCGAGGCCACAUCGGGCUGUGGCCGGAGGCGGCCUUUGCCGCGCACUCGUGUGCGCCCACCGCCACCGCCUACUCCAUCGGCGACAGGCUGCUCAUCCGUGCCGCGGCGGAAAUCCCCAAGGGCGGCGAGGUGAGCCUCAACUUCCUGGGCUCGCUGCUGACGUCACCGCUGUCGGUGCGCCGCGCCGAGCUGCGCUCCCAGUACGGCUUCACGUGCGGCUGCAGCCGCUGCGCCGCCGAGGCCCGCCACACCGGCACGCCGCUGGCGGCGCUGGUGGAGCGGACGUACGAGGCGUGUCAGCGGCUGGCUCCGGAGCUGGAUGCGGCGAUUGAGCGGGGCGACUCGGUGGCGGUGGCGGGCGCCAGGGAGCAGCUGGUGGGCAUGCAGGCUGAGCUGGAGGCGGCGAUGCGGAGCGCGGAGCCCAAGGUGAACGCCAAGGUCCGCCGGUGGCUGCAGGCGUGUGUGUACGACCUGUACGACCUCAUCAGCCUGUGCGCGGACGAGCUGGCGGUGGCCACAGCACUGGAAGCCAUGAGGGCGCUGCUCGGCAACGACAGGGACCGGGACAGGGAGCGGGAGAGGGACCGGGGCGAUGACGACGAAGAUGACGACAACGAUGACUAUGAUCGGCGCGGCGCGGACAGCAGGCGGCAGCCGUGGCUGCAGCGCGGCGGCAAGAGCCGUACAGCCUCCUGGGCCGCCGCCAGCGCGCCUGUGGUGGAGACGGAGGCGCUGGUGCAGUGCUGCCGUAUUGUGGAGGGCGUGACGCCAGGCAGCGACGCGCACGUGUACCUAGCGGCGGAGCUGGUGAUGCGGUCGCUGGAGCGGUUUGGCCCGCAGCAUGAGGAGUACCGGCAAGCGCGGGCGAGCCUGGUGCGAGCCUACGGCAUUCGCUACGGCAACGUGGGCCCCGCGGUUAUGGAGCAACUGGUUGCGGCACGGCUGGCGGCGGAGGCGGAGGCGGAGGCGGCAGACGAGGAUGGCGAGGAGGCCAGAGCGCAGGAGGCGUAGGAGGGCGCCUGUUGGGGAGGGCGCCCUACAGGUCGAGUCUGGGACUCUGGGUGCUGGCCGCGGUAUGGUAGGGGCGAGGUGACGGCACCGCCCGCUGUUGUCCAAACUCAAUUGGCAAACACUAUCUGGGGCGGGGGGUCUUACCGCGCGUGUCCCUACAGCCACCUUAUCUGCCACUUGCGGCCGCUGGUGCUGGCGGUGUGGGGGCCCCCAGCACCGUUAUCCUGGCUCCAGCCGGGACGCACCCAGCGCCCCACGGGCUGCUGUUCAACACACCCGGUCUACUUUAACAACCAACCGGGAGCCACCUGCGGUGCAAAUGCCGGCACAUCUGGGGAACCUGAACCUGAAUCGUCA